AUGCAGAUCAAGACCAUUCUCGCACCCAUUUUCCUGGCGAGGUUAGCUCUGGCUCAGGGUCUCCCCAUUCGCGUUGCCUCUUUCAACAUUCGAUACGACGCCGGUUCACGCGAAUCCGGCGAAAAGCCGUGGUGGGAUCUCCUCUGCGGAAUCUCCAAGGACCGCUGCCGCCAGCCCCAUGUCAUCGACGCAAUCAAGAGCAUAGGCACCAAUGCACCCACAGGCGCCGUCACCGUCAUCGGCCUGCAAGAGGUACUCGAUAACCAGCUCAACGACAUCCAGGACGGACUCGGCUCCGGCUGGGCACAUGUCGGCGUCGCCCGCGACGACGGCAAGAAGAGCGGCGAGUACAACCCCAUCUUCUACCGCACCGACGCGCUCAAGCUGCUCCACGAAGAGACAAAGUGGCUCUCACCGACACCCGAUACUGUCUCGUCUGGCUGGGGAGCCGGCAGUAAGCGCAUCGUCACCAUUGCUGUCUUCGAGCAUACUGCUAGCGGAAAGAAGUUCAUCCACGCCAACACGCACUUGGAUAAUGUCAGCUCCCAGGCUCGAAGCGAGGGAAUCAAGGUCGCUGUGUCCAAGAUUCAAGCUGUGCAGACAACAUACGGUCCCUUGGGUGUUUCGCUUACCGGCGACUUCAACUCUGACCCCAACGGUGAUGGGUAUAAGGCGUUGACAGGAACCGGUUUCAUGGAGGAGUUGUAUAACAUGGCUACGCCUGAACAGCGCAUCGGCCCCAAUCAGUUGACGUACACAACCUUCGAUACGACCAAGCAGGGAAGCCGCAUCGACUUUGUCUGGCUUGGGCCUAAAGAUGCGAAGAAGUACUCGGUCCAGCGAUACGAGAUCCAGAACAACCUAGUCAAUGGCAUGCUCAUCAGCGACCACAGACCCGUAGUUGGAGAUGUCACCUUGUUAUCCUAG